GCUGGAAAGAGAUCUAUAAAAAAGGACCAAAAAACUCGAAACUUCACUACAUCGCUGGUAAAACAAGUAAGCAAGUUGUGGAGAAAAGAUGGAGGCCAUCCAGGUGAUUUCCCUCGCUCUGCUGUCCGUUCUGGCGGCCAACGCUCAGGUCGUCCGACCAGGAAAAUGCCCCCAGCCUGCUGUCCAGGAGAACUUCGACACUGCCAGGUAUCUGGGUAAGUGGUAUGAAAUCCAGCGGCUGCCACAUGCCUUCCAGUACGGCGAGUGCUCCACUGCCACCUACAGCCUGCAGAGCCCCGGAGUCGUUGGUGUCUUCAACCGCGAGCUGCUUGCUAAUGGGACCAUAAACUCCAUCAGCGGCUCUGCCACAGCAAAGGAUGCCUCUGAGCCUGCAAAGCUGCUGGUCUCCUUCUUUGAGAACGCUCCCCCCGCUCCUUACUGGGUGCUGUCCACCGACUACGACAACUACACUCUGGUCUACAGCUGCACCGACCUCGAGCUGGUGCACGUGGACUUUGCCUGGAUCAUGAGCAGGAAGCCCACCCUGCCCGAGGAGACCCUGAAGGAGCUGCAGAACGAGCUGGCCUCCAUUAAAGUCACAGUGGACAAGCUGCUCACCACCAACCAGGACGCAGCGUACUGCAGCGCCGUGAGCCGGUGAACCGACUGAGACGCACCCGUUGAUGCCUGAAGGCCUCGACUCAUGUGUGUGGGGGAGUUGAGGGUUGUGCUUCUGCAAUAAACGUAUUUACACAGCAAUAAAAGCUUUUGGUCUCGUCUCUUUCCUGUGAGCCUCCUACAAUGUCUUUUGGGUUGUUCUCUAAUAGAUUGAUGGUCCAGUAAUCUGCACCGAGUGAUACUAUUUUUUUUUGUAAGUACAAGUUUAACUCAUUUAAGUAGCUAAUUCAGCUAAUUUGAUGAGCUUUGAAAUGUACAGCAACAAUGUUUACUAUCUACUGUAUCUUUUACCGCAUAUAUUUGCCUUGUAAACAAAUUUCAGGAGAAUUGUUUUAAAGAGGCAGUUUAUUCUUUUGGCUGUUGAGUAAAGAGAAGACCCUCAGAGUUUUCCAUUUCAUAUGUAUAAGCCCUGUAUAUAGAGAUGAAUGGCUUUUUUGUAAGAAAAUUGUGCU